CAGUCUCCGGAGCUUUGCUGUUGUCCCCAAGAUCGUAUCAAAGUGACAACUUUGCUCACCUUCCCAAUGACUGGUCUAGUUUUGACUCCACUUCCUGGUUGCUUUUUGCCCCCUUAUUGUAAAGCACAGAUUGGAAUACGACACAGGAAAUUAGUGGGAAAUGGAGAUCUGAUGGCGAAAGAGCAGAGGAUUUACAGCAACAUCGCCAGCUUCUCAGCUGUCACCAACCGAACUGAGAGAAAUGCAGAAUGACCUCUUUAAUAAAGAGAAAAACAGGCAAUUAUCACUAACCCCCCGAACGGAGAAGAUUGAAGUUAAACACGUUGGGAAAACUGACCCUGGCACUAUGUUUGUGAUGAAUAAAAACGUUUCGACUCCUUAUAGUUGUGCCAUGCAUUUAAGUGAGUGGUACUGCAGGAAGUCCAUUCUGGCUCUUGUGGACGGACAGCCGUGGGACAUGUAUAAGCCUUUGACCAAGUCCUGUGAAAUUAAAUUCCUUACUUUCAAAGAUCGUGAUCCAGGAGAAGUUAAUAAGGCUUAUUGGCGUUCGUGUGCCAUGAUGAUGGGCUGUGUGAUAGAGAGGGCAUUCAAAGAUGAAUAUAUGGUCAGUUUGGUCAGAGCUCCAGAAAUUCCUGUAAUUGCUGGAGCCUUCUGCUAUGAUGUAGUUUUGGAUAAGAGACUUGAUGAGUGGAUGCCAACAAAAGAGAACCUACGUUCCUUCACAAAAGAUGCUUGUGCUUUAAUUUAUAAAGAUCUUCCAUUUGAAACUCUGGAAGUUGAUGCAAAAGUGGCAUUAGAAAUAUUUCAACACAACAAGUAUAAAAUAGAUUUUAUAGAAGAGAAAGCAUCUCAGAACCCUGAGAGAAUUGUCACGUUACACAGACUUGGUGACUUCAUUGAUGUGAGUGAGGGCCCUCUUAUUCCAAGAACAAGUAUAUGUUUCCAGUAUGAAGUGUCAGCGGUUCACAAUCUUCACGCCACCCAGACAAGUCUUGUACGGAGAUUCCAAGGUCUUUCUUUACCUGUUCACUUACGAGCACAUUUUACAAUAUGGGAUAAGCUUUUGGAAAGGUCUCGAAAAAUGGUAACUGAAGAUCAAACUAAACCUACAGAGGGAAGUGCAUCUACCUAGUAACUUUCUAAACUUUAAACAUGUAUAGUAAAUUAAAAUAAAAGUUUUUAAUACAA